AUGCUAAAAAAUAGGAACGUCUAUCCCUUCUACAAACCAUUCAAAGAAUUUUCAAAAAAAGAUGCAGAGGAAUUAUUCGAUCACAUUCUUAGUGGAGACACCGAAGAUGAAUUCUCUAUAGUCGAAAGACUAGUUGAUAAUAUGAAAAACAAUUCUGGAAUCGCAUUUAAAAAUGAUGCAGCGUUAUACCAAGAUAAGUAUGCAUCAGUUCUAUAUGAACAAUCGUACGGGUCUACAGAAUUUGUAAUUCCACAUCAAUUAGAUAAUUUUGUAAUUUCUCAUCAAUUAGAUGAUUUUGUAAUUUCUCAUCAAUUAGAUGAUUUUGUAAUUUCUCAUCAAUUAGAUGAUUUUGUUAAAUUAGCACAGAAUGGAGUAGAUGAUUUAAAUCAUCAUUUUACGCAAAAUAAUAGCCUGAAUGUCGACCCAGCUGAACACCAUCACGUUCUAGUGAACGAAAUAGAUCUUUUCACCGCUGCCACAAUAUUUACAAGAAAGAGAAAGAAGGUCAAAGUCAAGGUCACGAUCUCAAGCUAG